UUUUCAACUAAGAAAAAUACCCUUUAUUCAAUCCCCCCUGUUUCCUACCAACCCAUCCCCACCACACCGCUACAACCACCACCAUGCCCCUCGUCAAAAUUGACAUCACGAAGGGGACACGCACCCCCGAACAAAUCAAAUCCCUAGCCGACACAAUCCAACAAGUCAUGUUGGACAAAUUCGGCGCUCCCUAUCGCGACAGAUAUCAGAUCAUUACUCAGCAUGAACCCUACGAGAUCAUCUGCGAAGACACCGACCUCGGCUUCACCCGGUCCCAAGACCUGGUUUUCAUUCAGAUUUUCCAGCAAGGCCGCAGCGUGGAGCAGAAGCAGAGCAUCUAUCAGACGCUGUACGAGCGGCUCAACGCGGAGUUUGGGCUUUCGGGCCACGACUUGAUUGUGAGUUGUGCGGAGAAUACGAAGGCGGAUUGGAGCUUUGGGAUGGGGGAGGCGCAGUUUUUGACGGGGGGGCUGCCGAGGCCAAAUUGA